GGAGGAGGAGGAGGAGGCCGGACGGCCAAGAUGGCGGCGCCCUGUAGGCUGCAGGGGCUGUGAGAGUGAUCAUGAAAGUCACCAGGUUGACAACACUGGAAACUGAAGGCCCAGUUAUCUACAGAACAGUUUGGUAGUGACAUCAAUGAAGGACCUGGGAGGGUCUUAAUGUGCAUAGUGAAACUAGCAUGAACACAAGAAUCUACAAUGACACAGCAAGCAAAUAUUGGCGAUCUGCUCUGCAUGCUGGAUUCUCCAGUUCUCAGUGUCCAAGAUGACAUAACAACUGUCUUUAAGGGUAACCUCAAUUCUGACCGUGGACCUAUGCUUGUAAACACAUUGGUGGAUUACUACCUAGAAACCAAUUCUCAACAAGCACUGCACAUCCUGACCACAUUGCAAGAGCCUCAUGAUAAGCAUCUUUUGGACAAAGUUAAUGAACAUAUGGGCAAAACUGCUACCCGCCUGCCCAUGCUCUCAUUGUUGGGGCAUGUGAUCAGACUUCAGCCAUCUUGGAAGCAUAAACUAUCUCAAGCACCUCUCUUGCCUUCAUUGCUUAAAUUUCUCAAGACCGAUACAGAUGUCAUAGUUCUCACAACAGGAGUAUUAGUGUUAAUAACCAUGCUGCCAAUGAUUCCACAGUCGGGCAAACAGUACCUUCAUGAUUUCUUUGACAUUUUUGGCCGUCUUUCAUCAUGGUGCCUAAAGAAUCCAGGUCAUGUAACAGAAAUCUAUCUCGUCCAUCUCCACGCCAGUGUUUAUGCUCUCUUUCACCGCCUUUAUGGGAUGUACCCCUGCAACUUUGUCUCGUUUCUACGCUCUCAUUACAGUAUGAAGGAAAACUUGGAGACCUUUGAAGAAGUGGUAAAGCCAAUGAUGGAACAUGUGCGAAUUCAUCCAGAAUUAGUGACUGGAUCCAAGGACCAUGAACUGGACCCGCGCAGGUGGAAGAGAUUAGAAACCCAUGACGUUGUGAUAGAAUGUGCCAAAAUCUCCCUGGAUCCUACAGAAGCCUCAUGCGAAGAUGGCUAUUCUUCUGUUUCUCAACAAGUUUCAGUGCGUUUUGCCCCUCGACAAAUUGAUGCUACCACCAGCCCUUUUGCUGACCCACUGAAUAGCUUUGGGAGUGCUACUUCUACCCCUUAUUCCACUCAGAUGAUGUCACUAAACAUGCCAGGGCAGCUACCUCAGGUUCUGAGUUCCCCAUUGACAUGGCUGUCAACUGAGCCACUACAGGCUACCAUGUGGAGCCCCUCUGCAGUUUGUGGUAUGACCACUCCACCAACCUCCCCUGGAAAUCUCCCGUCUGAAGUAUCGCAUCCUUUUAGCAAGGUCUUUGGUACAUCUGGUGGGAAAGGAACUCCUCUGGGAACACCAGCAACCUCCCCUCCUCCACUCUGCAUUUCAGAUGACUAUGCGCCCGUUUCCCUCCAAGCUACUGCCACACCCCCCAAGAAGGAGGAUAAACCAGAUUCUGGGAGGCCAUUACUACACAGGCAGCCAAAUCUCUCUCAUGAGAAAUUGGAAGAAGCAUCUGGCAGUAAAGGUUCUGUAACUUUAAGUGAUCUUCCAGGGUUUUUAGGUCAUCUGGAAUCUGAAGAAGAUAGCAUUGAGAAAGAUAGAGAAGAAGCUGCGAUCUCAAAAGAGCUUUCCGAGAUCACUACCGCAGACACUGAGCCCGUGGUACCUCGCGGAGGAUUCGACUCUCCUUUCUACCGCGACAGCCUCUCAGGUUCUCAGAGGAAGUCCCAUUCAGCCCCCUUUAGUGCUCAAGGACCUAACGUGAGCACCGAAUCUCUAACCUCCUCCUUGGACAAGCUUGGACCCGACACCCCUAAGCAAGCAUUUACCCCCAUAGACAGGCCCUGCGGCGGUAUCGACGACAGCCCUGCCGGUAACCGGCAAAGCCAGGCCGCCGUGGAGACCAGUAUCCUCACUCCCAGCCCUUGUAAAAUCCCCUCUCAGAGAAGAGUAGGCUUUGAGAGUGGGCACCUCUCCCAGUAUGAUUACCUGUUUGAGAUGGCCCUGCCAAAGACUGCGUACCAGUUUGUCAGCAAGAAGACCGAAGAGCUGCUAAAGAAGGCCAAGAGCAGCCCGGACGAAGAUCGCGUGCCCUCCACCUCCCCGGUGGAAGUGCUGGAUAGGCUGAUACAACAAGGAGCCGAUGCACAUACCAAGGAGCUUAGCAAGUUGUCUUUACCAAGUAAAUCUGUUGACUGGACCCAUUUUGGAGGUUCUCCCCCCUCAGAUGAGAUUCACACCCUACGGAACCAGCUGCUCCUGCUGCACAACCAGCUAUUAUAUGAACGUUUCAAGAGGCAACAGCACGCUCUGCGGAAUAGGCGGCUUCUGCGGAAAGUGAUCAAAGCCACAGCCCUGGAGGAGCACAAUGCUGCUAUGAAGGACCAGUUGAAACUGCAAGAAAAGGAUAUCCAGGUGUGGAAGGCCAGUCUGCAGAAAGAACAAGUCAGGUACAAUCAGCUUCAGGAAGAACGUGAUACUGUCGUGACCCAGCUCCACAGCCAGAUCCGCCAGCUACAACAUGACCGGGAGGAAUUCUACAACCAGAGCCAGGAAUUGAAGACCAAGCUGGAGGACUGCCGGAGCAUGAUUGCAGAGCUCAGGUUAGAACUGAAGAAGGCCAAUAAUAAGGUGUGUCACACGGAACUGCAGCUCAGCCAGGUCUCUCAGAAGCUCUCAAAUAGUGAGUCAGUCCAGCAACAGAUGGAGUUCUUGAAUAGGCAGCUGCUAGUUCUUGGAGAGGUCAACGAGCUGUACUUGGAGCAACUGCAGAAUAAGCACGCAGACACCACAAAGGAAGUGGAAAUGAUGAAGGCUUCUUAUCGAAAAGAACUGGAGAAAAGCAGAAACUAUGUCCUCCAGCACAGCCAGCGGCUUGAUACUUACCAGAAACGGGUGGUGGAACUGGAAUCUCAACUGGCCAAGAAAGAUCACCUUCUUUUGGAACAGAAGAAAUAUUUAGAGGACGUCAAACUCCAGGCAAGAGGCCAGCUGCAGGCAGCCGAGAGCAGGUACGAAGCCCAAAAGAGAAUUACCCAGGCGUUUGAAAUGGAGAUUUUAGACUUGUAUGGCCAACUGGAGAAGGAUGGUCUGUUGAAGAAAAUCGAAGAGGAGAAAACGGAAGCAGCUGAAGCAGCAGAAGAAAGCAGGCUCGAUUGUUGCUGCAAGGACGGCUGCCCCGAUCCGGCGGCAGGGUUCAGCGACGAGGCAGCCGGCCGAAACGGCGAGCCCAAGUUCCCCAGGCCCGUCAACACCCGGGGCAGUGGCAGCAGAGGAGGAGCAAGCGGGGGCAGCAGCAGUAGCAGCAGCAGCAGCAGCAGCAGCGAGCUCUCCAGCCCCGAGAAGCCCCCAGGCCAGAGGGUGGGCUUAUUCCUCGGCCGCAGGGAGACCACCCCCUUCGAGCCGUCCACCAGCAUCCCAGUGACUGUCGGCUCACUCCCCAGCUCCAACAGCUUCCUCGGCAUGAAGGCUCGCGAGCUGUUCCGCAACAAGAGCGAGAGCCAGUGCGACGAGGACGGCGGAACCGUGCCCGGCCUUUCUGAUGCACUAAAGACCGAACUGAGCAAAGACCCGAGCAUGGAAACUAAGGUGACCCCAAGCCUGGACCACCCUCAUCCCUCUCCCAAGAACCAGGAAAGUGUUGGACAGCUGCAUAUCAUGGACUACAAUGAGACGCAUCACGAACACAGUUAAAAGGGACGAGAGUCAAUCAGUGUUAAACUUUCAGAUUUUUGGCAUAGAGCAGGAGGCGCGACUACCAAGUUUAACUAAAAGCUUUCAUAUUUCCCGGGUCUGAGUGGGUAACCCAUACAGGGGAAAUGGAACUGAGGUUCUUCUGUUGAUUGAGUGAAAGCAGAACGGUUUUCGGAUCUGGCAGUGAGGUGCCCAUUUUUCACCUUCUCCUCGAAGUCCACUCUUUUUCCAAACUAGCGGCAUGUACUAAUCCGUGAGACAGAUUUGCGUUUGCAAGGAUCUCUUUUUCCCCUUUCCUGCUCCUCUCACCAAGUGGUUGCAUCCUCAACCUGUGUGCAAUAUGAGGCCAAAUGUAAUUUCUGAAUCUAACGCACAUAACUUUCUGCUUUACUGAAGCUCCAUGACAUGGCCAGCGUUCAGUUUAGACCAGUUAAUUGUUAUUGCUGUUGCUGCUGAAGGUGAAUCUGGUUUUGUUCCUUUCCAGGAAGCUGUAUCCAGAGCUGAUUGCCUUCAUGUGAAGGCUGUUUUUAUUUAGUGUUUGUGGGUUUGGGUUGGAUUUUUGUUUUGUUUAUUUUUGGGUUGGGGGGGAUGGCGGGGAUGGGAGGGGAGGAGAUCCCUGCUUUCAGGUUCUGAAGGUCAGUGCCUGGAGCAGCAGAUCUAGAUGCUCAGUGGGGUAUUCACCCUUUGUAAAUGUCUGCCCAAUUUGGGAGGUUUUUUGUUUGAGGGGGAAGGGAGCAGGCUCUACUAUGUUUCCUGGAAAGCUGUGUGAACAAACUCUCCUGCCACUUCAAGGAUUUGGAGCCAGAAUCGUAGAGACCAUAUUUGCUGACAAUUUUACAUUUUAUUUUAUAUAUUUUUUUUUUUUUUUGUAGAGCACUAUCCCUCCCCGCACUACCUCUUAUUUAUUGGUGUUUGCCUGAAAGCUGGUACUGUUCUGACCACAAACUGGAUGGGGUGAUGAGAGCUGAGCUCUGGGUAGGGAAGGAACAGCAACCCCUUAAGUGUGAAGUUCUUGGAAGUGUUUAGCAUCCAUCUCCAAGAAAGCUUUGUGCUGGUUGGGCCUUCCUCCUCCUUUCUUCUCUCUUCUCCCUCCCCACCCUGAAAAAAGUGUAUCUCAGCCCCUACUGACAGAUCCUCAGAUAAGCUCUAAGGCAUUCCCUUUAUUUUGUGCAUCCAGCUGCAUGAACCCUGUAUUUGUUUUUUUCCCCUGCCCCUCCAGAGACUUAUCCUGGCUGCCUCUGAAACGCAAGGAGACUAAAAUCUGCAGACUAACUCUGACCACACCUGUCCUAUCCACUUCAGGAACUGGGGGUGGGGGGAUUGUGUGUGUGGUGUCAGGUGGGGGUUGGAACCAAGCAUUUUUAAGUUUCUUUCAACUAACGAAAGGAAUAUUUGUGUUCAGUGACUGAAGCCGGGAGUAACUUAGCCUGUUACACCAAACUCUUACUCUCCAUGGGACAAGCUUUAUCACUGCACUGCAACAGUGUUGAAAUGGCUUUGUCAGAAGAUGUGUAUUUUCCCCACUUUAAUUGACAGUUAACUGAGCAAAUGCUCAUUUGCAAGAUGUGUACUUCUCUCCCUCUCCCCCUCCCCACCCCCCAAAAAAAAUCUAAGUACCUAAUUUAAGAGCAGCAAUUCUGGCUGAGUCUUGAGGGGGUGGACAUCAUGAGGGAGAAUGGUUUAGCUUGGCCCUAACACCUGGUUUUUUGUUUUUGGUUUUUGUUGAUGUUUUUCCCCUCACCUUGAUUCAGCCCAACUUAGCAGAGUUUGGUAAAACAAGCAUAUUUUUGUAAAUGCUGCCACUUCCCUGCAGGGAAGAGGCCAACUCACCGGAAAGACUUGAGGCAGGCACCAGAUGGACAGAGGUGGUAUCCAAUAUCCCAGCUUUCCCUUCACUGAAAAGUUGUUUAUUUAGCCAAUGAGUUAAUGAAGACAGAGUGGCUUUCUCCCUUCUUUUCCCCACUGCCCAGUGGUUAACAACUUGAUGCACUUUGCCAUAGAAGUAUCCAUUUCCUGGGUUAAAACAGGCUGGCUGAACUACAUUUCCUCUGAUAGGAGACUCUCUGAGUCUUUCAGGCUUCAGAGAGAUCCUUUCCCCGUUGCAGUGUUUAGGGGAAGAGGGAAUAGGGUUCUUUGUAGCAAAUACUUUGGCACUAAUGCAGACCUUACCAAGGGGCGCCUUUAAUCUCCUAAAGGCAUUUCGCACUGGGAAGAAUCGGAAACCACUUUAGAAGACUUUUUUCCUAUGGACCACAAAGAUUAUGGAGGAACAGAUUUGCCGAGGGUGUGACCUCGUCUUUGUAAAUCUCAAUCAUGAAUCUACCGUAUGUAGCUAACUUAGCAGUUUAAAGGGAUCCCAUCUGAUUUUUUUUUAUAAACUGACUGCUUUUAGUUAAAUCUAAAAAUGCCGUCUUUGUCGAAGGUUUCAAACUGUUCCCCGCCUCGCUCUUGUAAGCAUGUUCAAACAAUCCACAUCAAAUGCCAUAAAUGCAGACUGCAAGGAAAAUGGUACAAUCUUAGUGAAUGAGAAUUGGAAUCAAAGGAGGUUUUUGCUGUCCUUAUUAGAAUGUUCUCAAAAUGUCAAGGCAAUUGCUUGUGUUUAACUGUGAACAAAUAAAAAUUUAUUGUUUUGCACUAC